UUAUAUAAUUUUUUUUUUUUUUUUUUUUUUUUUUUGCUUACUGGUCUCUUUUCUAUCUUUUUUCCAUUUAAACAAUGGAGGAGACCUACGAUUUCUCUCAGCAUACGUAUUCUAUCAAUAUUUAUUUCGAAAACAAAAUUUUGUUCAUCGGAUGGGCUCUCGUUACGGAUAUGAAAUCGUAUACCGAUCUUCUCAUGUAUAAAAGGCUUAAGUAACAUAAUAGAACCGCUAUCUGACUGCAUAUAUAGGAAAAUACCGUCUAUAAUGUACAAUAUCGCUGACAAAAAAAUAUUGGAAUGGGGCAUCAACAAAAAUCAGGAAGAUUCGGCAGAAGAAAAAGACCCGAAUAUGAUAUACGUAGAAAAUGUUUUUUGGGAGCUAAAUAAUAUCUACCUGAGGGGGGAUCACAGCAACGGCAACUUUAAACAUGACAAAAAUGACGAUUACCUAAUGCAUGCAAUGGUAGUGUUUUUGAGGGGAUCAAUAAAAGAAGUAAAUAGAGAUAUUGAUAGUGACACCCCUUUACGUCAUCAUUUUUCUAUGGUCAUUCCAACAAGCUGGGGAAAUGAUAUACAAAAAGAACUGAUUCGCCCACUAUUUGUUCAGGCGGGACUUAUCGCUGAAGGUGAUGAUGAAAAAAGAUUAUUGUUUUUUACCGAACUUGAAGCGCUGGUACAGUUUAUGAAAAGGCCACGUGAGAUCAUGUUUGCGGUAGCUCCCAAGUUUGAAAAUGGCAGAGAGUACAUAUUAUACACCUUGUACUUUACAUCGGAAAAACUAUCUGUUACCUUGGAUUUAUUUUCUAUUCAUUACCCAAUUUAUGCAGUAAUCUCAACCGAGUAUACUUCGACAUUACUUAAAUCACUUUCUUUCAGUAUUCCCUUUAAUAUUAACAUAGAAAAUAGCAUUCAACGCUGCCUUCAAACAAGAGGAUUUGACAUUGAAUUAGCAGAAACAAAAAACAUAAUGCAUCUAUUGAAAGUCCAAUAUUACAAACAAGAGGUAGAGGGAUUUAUUUAACAUGUGACCGCGAGUGGUUUUUUAAACCGUUUGACAUUUGUUGUAGUUUGUAUCUAAUACGGAAAUAGUUGAAGAUACAGAAAAACAUACUCAAUUGUAUACUUCAAAACCGUUUGAAAACUUUGCUAAUGAGUGGAACGUAAGCGAUGCUAAAAUCAAAAGUAUACAGUCAAUGACUAUGGGUGAUAUUCACAAGGACUUGCUGCAAUCAAUAGAAAAAGAGCUUUCAUCCAAGUUGGAACUUUUAUUAGAAGGCAUGGUCUAUAAGAAACGUUUAUCCAUAUCAAGGACAACUUGGUCGGGGUAUGUUAUAAAAAAAAGCUGCGGAUUCAAGACGAAUUAUGGCUUAGAGUCAAAGAUGGUGCAUGGAUGGUUAAUGCUGUCGAAAACAUUUUUUGAAUACCAAACCUUUGU